AUGCUGUCGGAGCUGGAGAAAAGGACAACGCACAGCUGGCUGCUGGAUGGUUUCCCCAGGACUGUGACGCAGGCAGAAGCAUUGGAUAAGAUCUGCGACCUGGACUUAGUAAUAACAUUAAAUAUCCCUUUCGAGACGCUGAAAGAUCGCCUGAACACGCGGUGGAUCCACCUACCCAGCAGACGAGUCUAUAACAUGGAAUUCAAUCCUCCAAAUGUGACCGGCAUUGAUGAUGUCACCGGAGAGCCAUUAGUCCAUCAAGAAGCAGAUAAACCCGAAGCUGUAGUUUCCAGGCUUCGCCAAUACAAAGAUGUUGCCAAACCGGUUAUAGAAAGAUAUAAGGGUAAAGGCAUCCUGCACACCUUCUCAGGGACAGAGACCAACAAAAUCUGGCCAUAUAUCUACACGCUGCUGAGCACAAGGAUCACGCCGGUACACCCCGAGGACACGAGCCAAGCCUUCCGCCCCGAGGACUCCUAA